AUAGUGAAAAGCUUCCCUCUCACGCGGCCAUCUCUCAGCGCAUGGAUGCUGUGCAGCAGCAGUACCGAAGUGGUACCGGUUUUAGUACACGGCACGACGAACAUUCCUUCGCACACCGAUCGAGCCGUUUCGGGCGGCCAACGGGAACUGCCUUAGCUGAUGGCUGCCUUAGUACUAAAGUGGACGUCAGUCAUGAUGGGCGCGUAGGCACGGUUUGCUGCCGUACGAAAAGUGGUGUCAAAUUUUUUUGAGAGCCCAAAUAUAUUACCCUCCUGGCAGGGUAUUCACUCGCCACCUGCCCCCUAUAAAACAACUGCCCAAAAAUCACCAUCUCACGUGGACGGAGUUGAUGUGUUACCGUGAGGGUGUUUCGGCCGCCGUUUUCCGGCCUGUCCGUAAUUGCAUCGGAAUUGGAUGCUUGCUUUCAUCGGUUUUUAUUUGUUUGUUUGCACUGCUCAACGAUUAGCGUCCGCGAGAUGGUGUGAAAAAGCUGGCAAAAAGAGAGCGAGAUAAAGAGAGUGUAAGUGAUCAUUGGUGGCGUGACAGCUCGCAGCUGGUAUGGGGAGAAUUUUUCACGAAAACAUAGCUAAAACCUUCAUCGGGCACGACCCGUUUGUAAUGGCAGUGCGUACAACAGUGUGCCCUGCGGUGUUCUCGCUGUGUGUAUGUAAGUGUUCUCAGAACUCAGAUCCUGCGUACAGUGAGGUAAACAAAUCAGCUCAACACGAUGUUGCCCAUUGAAAGGCAUCUGAAAAGCUGAAAAACCGGGAAAACCGAAGCUGCUAAUCUCUAAACGCUUCAUGUUAGUGUUCGUGUUUUAAUCUUGUAUUGCAGUACAAUACUGCGUGUAUCUCCGGUUCGUGCUGCAGGCGGAAGCGAAAGCAAACAACGUGAAAUCACCAUAUUUAAAUGGUUCUCGGCUUCCACCGUGCAUCGUUCCACCCACGUGUAUCUUUAUCCUGAAGAGGGGGAAUCUCCCAUUGUGUUGUGAUUGCUGCAAUUUACUUUCCACAAAAGCGUAACCAAGCAGUAGCGAGAAAAGAAAAAUAGUGUCCUGUUGAUCUGUUUACUUUCCUCGGAGUAAAGUUGUAAAAAUAAAACAAGCAAUCCUAGUCUCACAAAGUGUGUGCGUGUGUGUGUUUUUGUGUCUUGGUGUCCUGUUGUGUACAAGAGUGUGUGUGUGUGUAUAUAUAUAUGUACCGGUGCGGCUACACUCAGUCGCGGAAGUUGAAAGCAUAACGGGCGAUAAUUAUGGAAUUAAUCACUAGCAUAAGCGCCAACAGCACAGCCAGCGGUUGGCGGUCUAAUAAUGUCCCAUCGUCAGGAGUAGUGCGAAGAUCGAAACCAACCAUUAUGCACCCAUUAGCAACCGUUAUACUGCUGGUGAUGUUGGCGUUCAGCCACAUGCAAACGCCAGUGUUGGCCAACGCACAGCCACCAACCGAGAAGAUCCCAUUAGGUGCAAUAUUUGAGCAGGGUACCGAUGAGAUACAGUCCGCGUUCAAGUUUGCGAUGCUUAAUCAUAAUCUCAACGUUACUGCCCGACGGUUCGAACUACAGGCGUACGUCGACGUCAUCAACACGGCAGAUGCAUUCAAGCUCUCCAAACUCAUUUGCAAUCAAUUUUCACGCGGCGUCUUCUCAAUGCUUGGAGCCGUCUCGCCGGAUUCCUUCGACACGCUGCACUCGUACAGCAACACCUUCCAGAUGCCAUUCGUGACGCCCUGGUUCCCGGAGAAGGUUCUCACACCGUCGUCCGGCUUUCUCGACUUCGCUAUCAGCAUGCGGCCCGACUACUAUCAGGCCAUCAUCGAUACGGUGCGCUACUAUGGUUGGGAUCGGAUCAUCUACAUGUACGACUCGCACGACGGCCUAUUGCGGCUACAACAGAUCUACCAGGGACUGCGGCCAGGCAACGAGACCUUUCACGUCGAGACGGUCAAGCGGAUAGCGAACGUAAGCGAUGCGAUAGAGUUCCUGCGCACCAUCGAGGAGCUGAACCGGUGGUCUCGGAAGCACAUCGUCCUCGACUGUAGUACCGAGCUGGCCAAGGACAUCGUGGUCAGUCACGUCCGGGACAUCACGCUCGGCAAGCGAACCUACCACUAUCUCUUGAGUGGGUUGGUGAUGGAUGAUCGUUGGGAGAGUGAAGUUAUCGAGUACGGGGCAAUCAAUAUCACCGGCUUCCGAAUCGUCGAUACGAGCAAAAAGUACGUCAAGGAGUUUCUUGAUGGAUGGAAGCGAUUAGAUCCGACCACAUCGCAGGGCGCCGGUAAAGAACUGAUCUCGGCCCAGGCUGCCCUCAUGUACGAUGCCGUGUUUGUGCUGGUCGAAGCGUUCUCCAAAAUUAUGCGCAAAAAGCCGGACCAGUUUCGGGCGUACACGAUGCGCAAUCGAGGCCAGCCGUUCAACCUUCCCACCAACGGAACGCGAACAUUGGACUGUAAUACUUCCAAAGGGUGGGUCACCCCGUGGGAACACGGUGAUAAAAUUUCACGCUACCUGCGCAAGGUGGAAAUAUCGGGCCUUACCGGUGAUAUCAGAUUCAACGAGGACGGCAAACGCCAGAACUACACACUGCACGUGGUCGAGAUGACAGUGAACAGCGCAAUGGUAAAGGUGGCCGAGUGGUCGGACGAAGGCGGACUGGCGCCGGUCGUCGCAAAGUACACCCGGCUCAAGACGGACAUGCAUUACGAGCGGAACAAGACCUAUAUCGUGACGACCAUCAUCGAGGAGCCGUACAUCAUGCUGCGACAGCCAGAACCGGGCGAGACGCUGGAGACGAACGAGCGCUUCGAGGGCUACUGCAAGGAUCUGGCCGAGCUGUUGGCGAAAAAACUCGGCAUCAACUAUGAGCUGCGGAUAGUAAAGGAUGGUCAGUAUGGUUCGGAAAAUCCAGACGUCAAGGGUGGCUGGGAUGGAAUGGUCGGUGAGCUGGUGCGAAAGGAGGCCGAUUUCGCUAUCGCCCCUAUGACCAUCACGUCCGAGCGCGAGCGCGUCAUCGAUUUUAGUAAACCGUUCAUGUCACUCGGCAUUUCCAUCAUGAUCAAACGGCCGGUCAAGCAGAAGCCGAGCGUAUUUAGCUUCCUCAAUCCACUCUCCAAAGAGAUCUGGGUUUGCGUUCUGUUCAGCUACGUCGGUGUCAGCAUCGUCCUGUACAUAGUGUCACGCUUUUCGCCCUUCGAAUGGCGACUAGUUAAUUAUAACGGCGAACAACCGGACGCAGUGCCACAGGCGACGGUAAAUGAGUUUAGCAUUCUGAACUCAUUCUGGUUUGCUCUGGGCGCCUUCAUGCAGCAGGGCUGCGACAUCUCACCACGCUCGAUCUCGGGCCGGAUCGUUGGUUCGGUCUGGUGGUUCUUCACGCUCAUCCUAAUCUCGUCCUACACGGCCAACCUAGCCGCCUUCCUAACAGUCGAGCGCAUGGUCACGCCAAUCAACUCCCCGGAGGAUCUGGCCUCGCAAACCGAGGUCCAGUACGGCACGUUGAUUCAUGGCUCGACCUGGGACUUCUUCCGGAAAUCGCAAAUCUCCCUGUACAGCCGCAUGUGGGAGUACAUGAACUCCCGCAAGCAGCUAUUCGUCAAGACGUACGACGAGGGUAUCCGGCGGGUGCGUACUUCGAAGGGCAAGUACGCGCUGCUCAUCGAGUCACCGAAGAACGACUACACGAACGAGCGGGAACCGUGCGACACGAUGAAGGUUGGACGGAAUCUAGAUGCGAAAGGAUUCGGCAUUGCCACGCCCUUGGGCUCACCGCUAAGAGAUCCAAUCAAUCUUGCAGUACUAUCGUUGAAAGAGAACGGUGAACUAGACAAGCUGAUGAACAAAUGGUGGUUCGAUAGAACGGAAUGCAAACACUACGACAAGCAGGACGCAUCCCGUAACGAACUCUCCCUUAGCAAUGUGGCUGGCAUCUUCUACAUCCUCAUCGGCGGGUUGCUAGUAGCGCUCGCCGUGGCACUGGUAGAGUUUUGCAUGAAAAGCUCGAACCGGUCCAGCAACCGCAUCCCACUCUCCGACACGAUGACCUCCAACUCCAACUCCAAAAACCGGCUCACGAUGCCACCGGCGGCACGGGAGUAUGACAACGGUCGCAUCGGGUAUCCGUUCUAGUACUACACCCCGGCGACACACACCGAUCCGGAUCCGAUCCAUGCCAACUCGCACACGCAGGUUUGAUGUAAGGAGCCGCCGGAACUGCGCCUAUGACGUCCACCGUACGCGCCCACCAUCCGACAGAUCGUGGCCAACAGCCGUCACGAUGCGUCCACGUUGCUGAAGCGCGAAAACGUCCCCGGCGGAGUGCCUCCGGUAGUGCAUGACAAUUCCUGUCUAUAAGCAAGUGUCCCGAGUAAAUUGUUCCCCAAAAACCAUUCCUUAUUCCUCUUUCCUACCGACGCUUUGACUGGGGUAGUUCGUUAGAGGGUUCCACCACUGGAAACACCACAGUCAAAGCGAUCCGUCGGGAAGCAAACAUACAAUUUUCAUGGGCCAUGCUCUGGAAGAUGGGGGAGAGAGGCCCAGCAAAAAAGCUCAAAUAUCAAUGGAGGAGCUUAUGCGGUUUAUAGACCGAGCUGUCAAAAUAAUUAUGCAAAAAAAAAACAAAAAACAAAACAAAAAUACAUGAGAUCUUCUCAGUCCGUCUCAGUGAUGGCGUGAUGUGUACAUAGAUUAGGAAUUAUCAAUAUCUUACCCAUUUUGUUAGUGUUUCGCUCCGUUUUUUGUUUUCGUCCCCUGGAAACGACGUUAAGUUUUUUCGUUACGAGAUAAUCAAAUUACUAGCGGUAAGCAUGUCGGUACGCGGCACGGUUCAAACAUAACCACUCCGGAAGAAAAACAAUACUGUUCCGAAGGAAUUUCUGUUUAAGUGUGUGCAUAAGUGAGCGUACAGCGUUUCCAAUAGCAAGUUAUAAAAGAAAAAGGAAUUGGAAACGCGAGGCGGGCGCUCGUUUGCCCUUGUAGUUAAAUCAUUAUAUCGAUAAUGGGUAUCGAAAGUGGAAUGUAUGAAAGAGUGUAGGUAAGUAUUAAGUAUUGCUAUAAGCGAUGGCGAAUAAAAAGCGCAUGAAUAGGGUACCUAGAACUGAAGUGAAGCAGAAAGAAAAACACACUGAAGGCGACUGAAAACCAGUGCAAAUAUAUUGUACCGAAUCAUUGCACACAACCCACUUAAGUCAACCAAAACAACAGCAACAAACUAAGCAGAAACUUAUGAAACAAUCUAGGUUCGUUCUAAACUAUCUUGGUAAAGUGGAGUAACCAAAAACAAAAAACACAAACUUUCAAAUCAAACAAAAACAUACAAAAAUCAAAACAUCUACUAAUAAGAGCCAAGGUGGAGUAGAAAACCGAAAACAAAAAUCAAAACAACCAACACCUAAAACAGGACAAAAAUUGAUGGCCAAGAAAUGAACUAUUUCCCGGUGGCUCAUAGCAUUACACACCGGUGUAAGCAACUAACAGUUCUCUUAAUAACUCUCUGUACUACUUUAUUCUAAAUAAACAGAAGACUAAUGCGACUCCAAACCAGUGAAUCAGUAGAAAGAGCAAACACUGCGACACAAACCAGAAGAACAAACAAAACAAAACAAAAACAUCUCAAUCGAAAGUACUAGAAGAAAGUACUAAAGCAUUACGAACCAACUCUAUUGGUUUUUAUGUUGUUGUUUUUUUUUUUAUUUUAUUAGCAAAUCACAAACAAAAGGUAGCUUAUCUCAUCCGAACCGGGCCAGUAAACGAGUGUGAUCGGUGGUGGUUCACCCAUCAGCCACAGCUGUUAAAUGAAGGUGAGUGAGAUAAAAACAUUAAAAACUUCAAAACUUAAUCAGCAAAGUGGCCAGAAACAGGAAAAACACGAUUGGAAUUUAAAAUUUCACCAUUCAGUAAUGCAUAAACACUGACAGGACAGACAGUGGGUCAAAAAACAUAACACAUAACCCCAUACAUCAUACAUCCCUCCUACGGUUCCCAUUUUCCAGUAAGCCAAAAUAAAAAGAAACAACAACAGCGAGUGAUCAAAAAAUCUGUAUAGAAUAAGAGAACGGCUAAAAAUAUUGACUAAACGUAAGCUAUUAAAAGAGAAGAAUAAACUAACGAAAUAAAUAAAUCUCGUCAAGCCAUGUAACUAGUAACUUAUCCUAAAACAAAACACGAACAAAACACACUCAGCCAAACAGCAGUCCAAACAUACAUACACGACGAGGGGACUAGGCUAGGCGAAACACGUUCUAUGUUUGUGAGUAACGAGUAGGCGAAAUGACAUCACCUACAUCAGUGUGUGUACAACGUUAGCAAACCGCAGUGACCGGAUUGAGACAUACAGCAUACAACCACACACGUACACCAUAAACAUUACUCCUUCACGAAGCGAAUACAGCAAAAGUGAAUUAACGAAACAAAAAACAAAACAAACCAAACAAGAAAAUCAAAGCUGUUCAAUAACUAUGCUAGUCGGUAAGCAGCGAUUCGAUCUAUACAGGAAAAUUAUUGGUUGAUUUUCGUUUUCGAGAUUAACCAAAAAAAAACAAAAACUCGAUUUAAACGACGGCAACGGAAACAUUUAGCUAUGUGCACGAUUCGGAUACAGUUUUCCGCCCCCCCUCUUUCGAAAUGCGUUCCAAACAUUUAUGUGACUGUUGUGUUAGUUAACAGAAGAAUCAACAGACUUACCAAAAAAAACAUACCAAUCGCAAAUCCAUUAAAUGCCAAACGUGCAUCAGCGCGGUGACACUGUUGUACUGUGGACAAGCAACAAAAAAGGGAAGAUAAAACAAAUCAUGCAAAGAAAAAUUACGAACAUUUGUUGAGAUCGUUUGAAAAUAAAAUCGAAUUCCAUAAGAAAAUAAAAAAA